CAUUUUCUGAACAAGGACUGCCUAUUUAGUUUCCUUUUUCUCCUGUGUAUCAGAAAAAAAUUGAUUUCCGACGCGUGCAAUUUACGAAGAGGCCUAAGUCCACGUCAGGCACUUUGAAGCCACUCACGAGUCACGAGCUCGAGCUGCAACAAUUGCUUCAACUUCAAUGGCCGGCAAGGCGAACGCCGAAAGCCCAACUCCGUUCUUCGUGGCGGUUCACGUAGGCGCAGGUUACCACUCCCCCUCCAAUGAGAAAGCCCUCAGGUCUGCCAUGAAUCGCGCUUGCCUCGCUGCAGCUUCGCUUCUCUCCAAGGGGUCUGGAAGGUGUAUAGAUGCUGUUGCAGCAGCAAUUCAAGUGUUGGAGGAUGAUCCUUGCACAAAUGCAGGGAGAGGCUCCAAUUUGACAGAAGAUGGUAAUGUAGAAUGUGAUGCCAGUAUAAUGGAUGCAAAAUCUGGAGCUUUUGGGGCUGUUGGUGCAGUUCCAGGUGCUUACCUGAGUCCUGACAGAACCACCUCAUGUUAUGGUGUUCGAAAUGCUAUCCAAAUUGCUGCUUUAUUGGCCAAAGAGCAAAUUACUGGAAUUCCUUUAUUGGGUCGAAUUCCUCCAAUCUUCUUGUCAGGUGAAGGGGCAUUUAAGUGGGCUAAGUCAAAGGGCAUUUCCUUGCCAGAAAGUACUAGAGAGGCCAGUGAGUGGCUAAUCACUGAGAGAGCAAAGGCGCAAUGGACAAGAUACAAGUCUAUGGUUGAUGCUGCUAGAGCGGAAAGAGGAGAUUCUUCUAUGGAACAGUCUAUUGUCUGUCAAAAUGUAGAUCAUACUUCCGAAGAUCACAUAAUGGACACGGUUGGAGUUAUUUGUGUGGACACUGAGGGACAUGUAGCAUCUGGGGCUUCCAGUGGUGGUAUUGCUCUGAAGGUUAGUGGACGAGUGGGAUUAGCAGCAAUGUAUGGUGCAGGUUGUUGGGCAUCAUCUAAAGGUCCUUUUGGGGCUCCUUUCUUGGUUGGAUGCUGUGUCUCUGGUGCUGGAGAGCACCUAAUGAAAGGUUUUGCGGCAAGGGAGUGCUGUGUCUCACUAUCAAUUUCGCAAUCUGGUGCUGCCGCUGCUUGCACAAAAAUCUUACGCACAGUUGUUGAUGAAAGCAGUCGAUCUGGUGCUGAUGGCAGUUCAGGGAUCUUAGUUGUGCAGGCAGAUGCAUCUGUAACAGGUCAAGGAAAACUACCAAGGCUGGAAGCUGUAGAGAUUGCAGCUGCAUACACUUCCUUAUCUUUUGGAGUAGGAUAUUUUGGAAGCUCCAUGGAACGGCCUAAGGUUUCAAUUCUUAGAAGUGCAAAACAAAGUAGGACUGGGAUAGAUCAAUUUGGAGCAAGAUUAGAUCUUUCAUGCGGAAGAAGUGACAGUCAAACAACACCUGAAUCUAAAUAACAUGAUUCAGAAUGUUUUUGCCAUCCAUGUUUCCUUCUAUGGGAAGUUUUGGAAUGUGAUGGUCUCUACCUUUCAUUUGCAACCUGUCUUGAGGAAGCCUCUCAUUUACACGAGUUACAGCGUCAUGCGGGGAAAAGAAAAAAAGCAGCAAAGAGUUUUAUGUCCUCAGUGGUUUACUGCUAUAGGCAACGCUGUGGUGAUCUUUCAAGUUUCCCCAUAAUGCAUAUUUAUUUUGAAUAUAGUUUAAGAGAUCAGUUCAAAAUGCGUUGAGGGAUUUCUAUUUUAAUGGUCAUAGUAUGAAAAUUUGGAUCAACUUACCGAUUAAAUUGAUAA